AUGAACAGUACUAUCGCACCCGUUGCAUCAAGUACCUUUACUCCUCAGACUCUCUACGCAAGGGCAGAUACAAGCGCGAAUGUUGACCGCGUGAUCACUAUCACCACCAGUGUUUCAUUAAAGACCGCUGUUCCCAUCCCCAGUCCGUCCCUAACGGAUAACCCUAACCCAAUUCCGCGCUCGGUGGAUGCCCACCAUAUCCUAGGCCUAGGGCUCACCUUUCUCAUGCAGUGGAUGAUGGCACCUGUACGCCCCUCCCCUACAGAGCGUGAAAGCGACCCAGAACUUGCUCGCGUGUUCACCAUCCACUCUGAGCUCGAGCAGGAUGCUGUGGAGCUUGAGCCUGUUAGAUAG